UAUAACCCUAGAUUCAUUUUAUUAUGAUAGUAAAUGCCUUUCUCGAUGAAACGCAAGUUAAUUUUUAAUGACCUUCAGGAGAGAACACCGUUUCCAUCUCAAAUCAAUAUUAAUUAGUCUAAUGUGAUUCAUAAACUCUGUGGAUUAGCAUUGCUUGCUAGUGUUUUUUUUCUUUAGUCUCACUAAUUUGCCAUUGCGCCAUUAAUCAUGCAGAGCUUUCUCUGAGUUUGUUCAAACUUUUUUUUUUCUUCUCCUCCUUCAAUCUGACUUGUGUUUCAUUAGCCUGCAAUGAUUAAGCCUCAGCAAGGUUACUGGGAAUAAUGCAUCUCGACAGAGCUUGUGACUGUUGGGAUUAAUCACGCGCCUGGCAUUUUUGUUUUGGUUGAGGUCAGUACCUGAAUACGACCUCUAAGCUUUAUACUCGAGUUAGCAAAAGACAUGUUUAAGUUUGUUGCUGCAUCUAUUCAUGUUUUGUUGAUUCAAGUGCUUGUAGCUAACACUUCCAUUCACUAUAUGGGUCUAAAAUGUGCAGUUUCGAAAAUAUGGCAUCGCAAAUAAGUAUUUCCAUUUUAAAACACUACACUGGUACUACAUUAGGUAGCAGAAAGUAAAGAUCUCAGUUUGCUUGCCUUCAGAAAUCAGUUGCAUUUCCUACAUAUAGUAGGUCAUUUUAACUUCAGCAGUGUCUUUAGGGUUAAGCAUCCUACUGGCUGCAAAGCAUGUCAGUCAACAGGGGAAGCAGCUGGUUGGUUACUGACAGGAAAGAAGGCUCAGAAAUGGUUGGGACAAUUUCACUCUACAGGUGAUCAUGAAAGUGCAAGACUAUCAGAAAGCACGGCCUGCUAACAGAGACUUCUAUAACCGAGUGUAGAACCAGAUAUCAUGUUUUGAAAAUGAAAAUACAGGUUUGCUAAAACACAGAUCAGUGAGAAAUACAACAUAGAACAAACCUGGUAUUUCUUGUCUGUAGUGGGAGGGUUAAUGGGUUCACAUAUUGGGGGAUUAAUUGAGGAUGCUUUAAAAAAAAAGUGACCAGGAUGUUAUGAAUGUAGCAGAAAUGUGCUCACAGGGAAGCACAUUUUCAUGUCACACCAUCUUAGUUCCCAAGUGAAAUGACUUUGGUGGGCUUUAGUGCACAUUAUAAAACAGCAAGAGUCAUUCCUCAUCUUCUAAGAAUGCAGAACGACUGGGAGUGGGGCAUUUAUUGCCGAUUCACCCCACUCACACCCCUGGUUUACUAAAUAUCUUAGAGGGAUCCCUGAAUAGAUAGCUGUCCCUUUUCAAAAAUUUGCAACUGUGACAGAAAUACAAUGAGUUCUGGUGAUAAAUCUUCCUCCCGACCUGUGAGGGCGCUAAAGAACGGGAGGAGAAGUAUCUGGAAGGGCUGGCCUGACAGUUCGUUUCCAGGACCGGAAAGUGGGUCAGCCUGGAAGGAAGCGAGACUCUGUUGUAAGACCGUAUUGAUUUGACAGGUAAACGAGGGGCAGCUGCAAGUAAUAAAGCAGCUGCAACCGUUUACCUAGAUAUCAUGCGGGAUUACAUAUAGGGGCCAGGGUAACGCUGUUCUUUUCCUUCGUUUGGGUUAAACCAAGGACCGAGAAGGACGUAAAGAGCUGUAUUACUCUAAAAGAGUUGUGUGUGUGGGUUUGUGUGCUGUAUUAGCUGAAAACUAACUGUCUGUCUUUGUUUCCGAAUCACCAGACAGCUAAAAACAUAUCCGGAGCUGUCGCACUGGGCGAGCACAAGCCGGAUCACCGCAACACGUACUGUCACAACAUCCCGUGUAUUCACCCACCACAAUCACGACUGCACGCACCCGAGACGGGUGACCGUGUUUUGAUUUCUUGUUCAGGACUGUAUCCUGUGUUUGUCAGCCCGAGCUUUACACAUCGUUGUGUAUUGCCGGGCUUAUUAUUUUGAGCACUAGACCAGUGCUGGCAAUAAAAGCCUAUUUUCCACUGGACUACCGUUGUCUGCCCAUUACUCCUGCACCGCAUCACUGCUACACAGCUACCCCUCACCACCCACUUUGCCACACGUGGUGUCAGAAACGGGAUCAUGGACCGCAACGCGCUGGCGGAGCUGCUGCAGGCACUGGAGAGCAGACGGGACGCAGAGGAGAGAAGGAGGGAGGAGCGCUAUACAGCGCUCAUUGAACGGGUAGGACUGGACGUGGCUGCAGUAACGACCCCGACUGCAACACCGUUGAUGUCGCCCCCAAAGGCACGGGCGAUGAAGAUGUCGGCGGAGGAUGACCCGGAGGCGUACUUGGUGGCAUUCGAGCGGCUGGCUACCGCGGCGGCAUGGCCGCGGGAGUUCUGGGCCAGCCAAUUGGGACCCUGCCUGAUUGGGGAGGCUCAGGCAGCUUACCAGGCUAUGAGCGACCAGCACGCCACCGAGUAUGACCUGGUCAAGCAGGCUAUCCUCCGCCGGCUCAACAUUACUACCGAGACCCACCGGGCGCGGUUUAGGGAGUACCGGAGAGCCCCGGAGACACGCCCCAGGGUGGUUGCGGAGAGGUUGUGCGACCACAUGGUGCAUUGGCUGACCCCCGGGCAGAAGACCGCCCAGCAGAUGGGGGAAGCCAUUGUGGUAGAACAGUUCUGCCAUGUGGUCGGCGCCGAAACCCAGGCGUGGAUACGGCGCCACAACCCCGACACCCUGGAGGAGGCGGUCAAAUUGGCCGAAGAUUUUGAGGACUCCCUGACCUCUGCCCGGAUCGGGAUCCUGUCCACCCCUGCCCUUCGGAGCAGCCACGCUCUCUCUCCCUCUCCUCCAACAUCAUCACCACCACCCCCCUCGUUCCAGGGACCCAGACCUCCCAGAGCACCGACCCCAUUGGGCCCCCUUGCCUCCCCCCCAUGGAGACCAAGGUUGGCCCCCAGCUGGGGUAGAGGUGCUGCCCCUGCCCCGUUGCCAUACCAGCAGCGGGACAGAUUUCUAACCCAUGCCCCCUCUGUCCCUCCUAUCUGUUUUAGGUGCCACCAGCCGGGACAUCUGGCCAGGUCAUGCCCCGCCGCCAUGGAGUGUGACGUGGCCGCGUGCAAUUGGGCACCUGAGACUGACAGCUAAAAACAUAUCCGGAGCUGUCGCACUGGGCGAGCACAAGCCGGAUCACCUCAACACGUACUGUCACAACAUCCCGUGUAUCCACCCACCACAAUCACGACUGCACGCACCCGAGACGGGUGACCGUGUUUUGAUUUCUUGUUCAGGACUGUAUCCUGUGUUUGUCAGCCCGAGCUUUACACAUCGUUGUGUAUUGCCGGGCUUAUUAUUUUGAGCACUAGACCAGUACUGGCAAUAAAAGCCUAUUUUCCACUGGACUACCGUUGUCUGCCCAUUACUCCUGCACCGCAUCACUGCUACACAGCUACCCCUCACCACCCAC